ACAAACCCAGCCAAAAUUCGAUGAGCAUCCGACAAACGACAUGUUAGUGUGAGAAAGGAGAAAUGAGAAAUGAAUUGUUUACAAUUUACAUGGCUUGGACUUUGAUUCAUCAAUCACGCGUUACUUCCAGUGCUCCAUUAUCAAAGCUCUUCCACAACAAUUCAACCUUUCUUUUUUCUCUGUUACUAGUAGUAUUUCGCUGAGGACUUUUAUCGAACACUUAGAGAAAUGAAACUGAGUCCAAGAGAGAUAGAGAAGCUAGAACUGCACAAUGCUGGAUUCCUUGCACAGAAACGCCUUGCUCGUGGUUUAAGACUCAAUUAUACCGAAGCUAUUGCUCUUAUAGCAACACAGAUUCUGGAAUUUGUUCGCGAUGGUGAGAAGACUGUGGCAGAACUAAUGUGCAUUGGGAGAGAACUCUUAGGAAGGAGACAAGUUCUUCCUUCUGUUCCACAUCUCUUGGAUGCUGUUCAGGUUGAAGCCACUUUUCGUGAUGGGACUAAGUUAAUCACUGUUCAUGACCCAGUUGCUUGCGAGAAUGGAAACCUUGAGAAAGCAUUGUUUGGUUCUUUUCUUCCAGUACCUUCACUUGACAAGUUUCCCGAUAAUGAAGAAGAUGAUAGAAUUCCAGGCGAAAUAAUAUGUAGAGGUGGAAGCCUAGUUCUUAACCCUGGAAGGAAGGCUGUACUUCUCAAAGUUGUCAACAAGGGAGACAGACCAAUUCAGGUUGGCAGUCACUACCAUUUUAUUGAAGUAAAUCCCUACUUAACCUUUGAUAGAAAGAAAGCAUAUGGCAUGCGCCUCAAUAUAGCUGCAGGGACUGCAACACGCUUUGAGCCCGGGGAAUGUAAAAGUGUUGUACUUGUAAGCAUUGGAGGUAACCAAAUCAUCAGAGGAGGUAAUAACAUUGCCGAUGGGCCAGUUACUGUUUCCAAUUGUGUAGCAGCCAUGGAGGCUGUGAAGACACGACAAUUCGGGCAUAUGGAAGAGGAAAAUGCAAGGGAAGGUAUUACUGGGGAAGAUGAUUCACUUACUACGGAAAUUCCUCUAGAGGAAUAUGCUAACAAGUAUGGCCCUACUACUGGUGACAAAAUCCGUCUUGGUGAUACUGACUUGUUUGCGGAAAUUGAAAAUGAUUUUACUGCCUAUGGUGAUGAAUGUGUUUUCGGAGGGGGGAAAGUCAUAAGAGAUGGAAUGGGUCAGUCAUGCGGCCAUCCAUCUGCUCACUGCUUGGAUACUGUUAUAACAAAUGCUAUGAUAAUCGAUUAUACUGGAAUUAUCAAGGCAGAUAUUGGUAUCAAAGAUGGCCGAAUCAUCUUGAUUGGAAAAACAGGAAAUCCAGACAUCAUGAAUGGAAUACUUCCAAAUAAUAUGAUCAUUGGGGCUAACACUGAAGCUAUUGCUGGAGAGGGUUUGAUUGUAACAGCUGGGGCCGUAGAUUGUCAUGUGCAUUUUAUAUGCCCUCAAUUAGCAUAUGAAGCCAUAUCAAGUGGUAUCACUACAUUAGUUGGAGGAGGAACAGGACCAGCUGAUGGAACACGUGCUACUACUUGUACGCCGGCUCCAAUUCAGAUGAAAAUGAUGCUGCAAUCAACGGAUGACCUGCCUCUAAACUUUGGUUUCACAGGCAAAGGGAACAGUGCUAAGCCUGAGGACCUACAUGACAUAAUCAGGGCAGGAGCUAUGGGACUGAAGCUGCAUGAGGAUUGGGGAACUACACCUGCUGCAAUAGAUAGUUGUUUAACCAUUGCGGAACAAUAUGAUAUCCAGGUUAAUAUACAUACUGACACGUUGAAUGAAUCUGGAUUUGUGGAACAUACAAUUGAUGCAUUUAAAGGAAGAACUAUUCAUACUUAUCACAGUGAAGGUGCAGGCGGUGGCCAUGCUCCUGAUAUCAUCAAAGUAUGUGGUGUGAAGAAUGUUUUGCCCUCAUCAACAAACCCCACACGCCCCUAUACGUCUAAUACCAUAGAUGAGCAUCUUGACAUGUUGAUGGUAUGUCAUCAUCUCGAUAAGAAUAUUCCAGAGGAUGUAGCUUUUGCCGAAUCAAGGAUCAGAGCCGAAACAAUUGCUGCUGAAGAUAUUUUGCAUGAUAUGGGGGCAAUUAGCAUAAUAUCUUCUGAUUCACAGGCUAUGGGUCGAAUUGGCGAGGUUAUUAGUAGAACAUGGCAAACUGCCAGUAAGAUGAAGUUGCAAAGAGGACCACUUAAACCUGGUGAUUUGGACAAUGACAAUGACAACUGUCGGAUCAAACGAUAUGUUGCAAAGUACACUAUAAAUCCAGCUAUAGCAAAUGGCUUCUCUCAACACAUUGGUUCAGUUGAGGUGGGGAAGUUAGCUGAUCUUGUGUUAUGGAAGCCGUCAUUUUUUGGAGCAAAACCAGAAAUGGUAAUCAAAGGUGGGGAGGUUGCAUGGGCUAACAUGGGUGACCCAAAUGCGAGCAUCCCAACCCCCGAACCGGUCAUAAUGAGGCCUAUGUUCGUAGCCUUCGGCAAGGCUAGCAGUGCACACUCUAUUGCUUUCGUGAGCAAGGCUGCUUCACGGAACAAAGUAAAAGACUUGUAUGGACUUCACAAGAGAGUGGAAGCCGUUGAGAAUGUGAGGAGGCUCACCAAACUUGACAUGAAACUCAAUAACUCUCUCCCGGAGAUCACUGUCGACCCAGAAUCAUACACCGUUAUAGCGGACGGAGAGGUUCUAGCCUGCUCUCCGGCCACGACCAUUCCCCUUUCUAGGAAUUACUUCCUCUUUUGAUCUCAAAUUUCACAUUUUGUUUAUUCCGGUUUGUAUGAACCUCUUGUGUAAUAAACUUUCGGUCUUAGGAUGUAUCAUUCGUCAAGCUGCACUGCCUUCAACAUGAUUGAUGAUGUACUUUUUUUC